AUGAGUCCGGUAGCAGACCCUCAGCCAGCGCAAGCUCCAGAAGCUGAGGAAGGCCGCCUCCAGGACCUUGAUGAACUUGAUGAUGUUGAAGAGGUUGUCGAUGGCGUAAACGGCGACGCAAAGAAAAAGAAGAAGAAGAAGAAGCCAAAGAAGAAGAAGCUGGAGCAGACUGAACCGCCUCGGGUAGGCCUAUCGAAGCUUUUUCCAGAGGGAAAAUACCCCGAGGGUGAGAUUCAGCCGUACAAGGACGAUAAUCUAUGGAGGACGACCUCAGAAGAGAAGCGGCAUAUCGAGCGAGUGAUCCAGCAAGAUCCCAAUGAGACGUACCAGAACAUCAGGAAGGCCGCCGAAGUUCAUCGACAAGUCAGACAACGACUGCAGAAAUACAUGCAACCCGGCAUGUCACUAAUGGAAAUUGCCAACUAUAUCGAAGACGGAGUUCGUGCCCUGGUUGAAGAGGAUGGACUGGAAGCUGGCAUUGCAUUCCCCACUGGGCUGAAUCUCAAUCAUUGUGCGGCCCAUUUCUCGCCCAACCCAGGAGACACUACAAUUUUAUCUAAGGGUGAUGUGAUGAAGGUCGACUUCGGUGUUCAUGUAAAGGGACGGAUAGUAGACUCUGCGUUCACCGUCAACUUCGAGCCUACAUACAACAAACUUCUGGAAGCCGUCAGGGCAUCUACCAACGCAGGUAUCAAGGAAUCUGGCGUCGACGCUAGGUUGGGCGAGAUAGGUGGGGUCAUUCAAGAAACGAUGGAGUCUUACGAGGUGGAAGUCAAUGGCAAGGUUUAUCCAGUCCGAUGUAUUGACAACCUGAGCGGUCACCAGAUCAACCGGUAUCAGAUUCACGGGGAGAAGUUCAUACUUCCCGUGCGCAAUGAUGAUCAAACGAAGAUGGAAGAAGGGGAAUACUAUGCGAUAGAAACAUUUGGCACGACAGGUCGUGGACGCAUCGUCGAGACUGGUGAUUGCUCCCACUUCGCUCGAAAAGUAGAUGCGCCCCACGUCCCCCUAAGAUUGACCACGGCGAAGUCGUUGUUGAAGACGAUCAACAAGAAUUUUAGCACACUUGCCUUUUGCAGGAGGUACCUCGAACGUGCUGGCGAGACCAAACAUCUGCUGGCGCUCAAUCACCUUGUUUCUCAAGGGAUCGUACAGGACUACCCACCUUUGUGCGACCAACGAGGAUCCAUGACGGCUCAAUUCGAACAUACCAUACUUAUUCGUCCAACCGUUAAGGAGGUGGUCAGCAGGGGUGACGACUAUUGA